AUGGUAGACCAGUGCUGUGUUGAUGGAUGCUUAAGCUAUAAGGAGGACAUAAAUUAUUAUAAGUUACCAGUGAGUCGAACGCUGCGCAAGAGAUGGCUCGAAGCUAUAAAGAGUACCAUGAAACUGACAGACGACGCGGUUGUCUGCAGUAGGCACUUCCAAGAUGAGCAGUACAUGUUUGUCCGGGGGAAACGGCGGCUGAAACCCAAAGUUGUGCCUUGUGUGUUUGAAGAAAAAGAGAAAAGUGAGACGGAGAAAGAUGAGACAGAAGCUAAGUGUGAAACGGCUGUAGAUAAUCAAAAUGAGAAGAAUGACGGAGAAGGUAAAGAGAGUAAAGGGGAAGAAGAAAACGUAACUGUUCCGGAGCCCUGUCACAGUUCACCGAAGGAAGAUAAAAACUUAGUACCCGAUCUAGAAUUCUCCCCCAACAAAGACAUAGAGGAUAUAUUAACGAAUUAUCACAUAAAACAAAUACGUCCCUUGUCCCAAAUAACCGCGGAAAGGGAGGUGUCAGUGAGCGAGAAGGAUAAACCGAGUGAGGGAGACAGCAAUAAAGAGAUCGACCAAGGAAACGUGGAAAAUGUUGCGCUGGAUCCGAAAUAUGUAGAGAUAUCUGUUGGCGAAGUGGGUCAAGAUCAACCGAACGAAGACUGUCUGAUGCUGCUGGAGAACGUUCAAGUGGAGAUCGAUCCCGCACUAUUCCCCGAACUGGAACAGGACCAGAGCAUAGAGGAGAUCGAUCUGGACCAAGAGGACAAUAGUUCGGAUUGCAUCGAUUUGGGUGAAAAAAAAGACGCCCCCAUAAGCCUCCUCUCGUCCAGCGACGAAGACGACGUAAUAAUUCAGGAGCCGAAAAUCGACACUAUCGACGUAUCGGACGCGACCGACGAGGACGACGUCCCCCUCCUCAAACUGGCGAAGCGACACAAGAAGACCAAAAAGAGACCCAGCGAGAAGAUGACAGCCAUCAACAAGAUCAUGCUCAACAAAUUCCGCUGCGAACACUGUACGUACACCGCGGUGGACGCGGCUGACUACAAGAUACACGCGAACACACACACGCACGUACUACACAUAUGCGAUAUAUGUACAUACACCACAUCCAGCUGGGCGCUGAUAACUCGGCACAAGGAGAAGCACGGGAACAGAAACUCGAAGAAGAUGGCCAAGAAGUACAAAUGUCCGCUCUGCAACUACAGUUACAAGCACAAUAUGAGCCUGGUCUACCACAUGAGCACACAUGGAGACAAGAGUUCCUAUGGAUGCGAGAGGUGUGGGUUCUUCUCCAUCAGCCAGGAAACCGCCGCCAAGCAUAGGGAGGGCUGUACCGGGGUGAAGCACGCUUGCAAGUUCUGUUCCUAUUCCACUGUUAAUCGGAUCUGCUUGAAGCGGCAUAUGAGGAAGCAGCACAAGGACGAGAGCUAUGAUGGGGAUUAUGUGCCGCCGGGGUGGGUGUGA